AGAAGCAACAUUCUUCAAACUAGACUGUUGAUAAAGGUUGGUUUUCUUAAGAUGGGUGCCAACUUAUCAAACAUGGAGAAUGCUCAUAAAUCAUCCAACUCAUCCUGCCACAUUCUCACCUUCCAUUCUACUGCUAAAUGGAAGGCUCAUUUUGAUGCCUCCAAAGAAAUUAACAAGUUGAUGGUGAUCGAUUUCACUGCUACAUGGUGUGGACCUUGCAAACAAAUGGACCCAGUUAUCCGAGACUUUGCUGCAAAGUACACCAACGUCGAAUUUAUCAAAAUUGAUGUGGAUGAAUUGAUGGGGGUCUCUCAAGAAUUUCAGGUGCAGGCGAUGCCAACGUUCAUAUUGAUGAAGAAAGGAAAAGUUGUUGAUAAGGUGGUGGGAGCUAAAAGGGAAGAGUUGCAAAAGCUUAUAGAGAAGCAUCUGAAUGUGUGAUCUUUCAUGGCUAUUGACCUGUAAAGAGGAAUAAAGACAAAUUCUUCAAUAUCAACUGCCAUACCCCAUUAUCAUGUAAAAUGGACUUAUGUGUGCUUAGCAUUUAUAUAUGUGUGAACCUUUUGAUCAGAAAUCUUUCAAGUCUGAAAUAAUUUAUGUAACCAAAAUGCUGAAAAUUUGACCUUUGGGGUUUUGAAAGACAUUAAUGGCACACCAGCCUAGGUUAAUUUCAAAAUUAUUCUA